CCCAAGUUUCUCCCAACUCAAAGAAAAAAAAAGAAAAAAAAAAAACGCCCUAGGAAAACAAAGUUUCAUCUCACAAACCAAACAGGCCAUAACCACAGCCGGAUCUCGUGAAGUCAUGCCAUACUUUCAUUUGUUUUUUUUGUUGGCAUACAAGCAGGAAAAUAAGUACUUACCAUUCAGCCCACCGAGAUCUACCAUUUCAUCCAACAAUCUGCACCCUAGAGAAGUGUGGCAACCUUUUCAUCCUAACCCUCACUGGCGACGAGGAGCACCGCCUCGACCCCACCUUAAUCGCCACCAUCCUAUCGACUCGCUCCCAGGUCAAAGCCCAAGUCACCCGAGGCUCCGUCCUAAUCACCAUCUCCCAGGGAAAAUUCUUCUCCAACGGCUUCGAACUCGCCUGGGCCCAAGCUGCCGGAUCCAAGGAAGGGGCCGCAAAACGCCUACACCACAUGGUCGAAUCCUUGAAACUAAUGGUCGGCGCGUUCCUCUCCCUCCCAAUGCCCACCAUCGCCGCCGUGCAGGCCACGCCGUUGCCGCCAGCUUGAUGCUCGCCCUCAACCACGACUACGUCUUCAUGAGGCGCGACAAAGGCCGGCGUGCUUUACAUGAGUGAAAUCGAUAUCGGUCUCACUCUCCUGGACUAUUUCACCGCCUUGGUAAACCGCCAAGAUCAGCUUAGCUUCAGCCCGACGAGAAUAGUUGAUGUGCGGGGGGAAGAUAAGAGGGGAUGAAGCCGUGAAGAUGGGAUUGUGAAGGCGGCGCCUGAUAAUGAAGAUGAGGUGACGCAAGAUCAUAAUAAAAUGUUGGUUUAUUA